CUUGUCUGUGGUUAGUUUCAACUCGUUCAUCGGCGAAGGUGGACGGUUAGCUCAGUCAUUUCUUGUUUUAAACACGAUUUCAAAUAAAUUUGUGCAUACGAAUCGAAAAACAGCUCGCAUUAACGUGUGAUACAGGAAUCUCGGAUUUGAAUAUAUAAUAAAUUAUUAAUAGUUGAAAUAGUAAUAGUAAGCGUUUUUCUAGUCGAUAUGGAAAGAUCUUCGAAUUUGCUGGUUUCCAGCCCAAAUGUGAAGUAUACGGAUGAUUAUAUUUUCGCUGAUUAUGAUUAUGAAGAAACUCUGGUCACGAAGAAGGGCGACGAUCUGGUGGCAAAACCAUUUAAAACUUCACUAUGUCUCCGCACUGGCCGCAAGGUGGGCAAACUGGGCAUCAUGCUGGUGGGAUGGGGCGGCAACAACGGGUCCACAUUCACCGCAGCCGUGUUGGCCAAUAGACAUCAGCUGUCUUGGAACACGAAGAAUGGAACUAUGCAGUCUAAUUGGUUGGGAUCCAUCACUCAGGCAUCCACAGUCAGACUGGGCAUGGAUGAGAAGGGUCAUGAUGUAUAUGUGCCCAUGUCACAUUUGUUACCCAUGGUACAUCCUGAUGACUUGGCGCUCGACGGUUGGGACAUCAGCCCCCUGAACCUGGCUGAGUCUAUGGUGCGAGCCAAGGUCAUAGACUACGAUCUGCAGCAGAAGCUGAGGAAAGAAAUGGCUGCCAUGAAGCCGCGGCCCGCGAUAUACGACCCGGACUUCAUUGCGGCUAACCAGGCGGACCGCGCGACCCACCUCAUCCGCGGCACGAAAUAUGAGCAGUACCUCCAAAUCCGCGCUGAUAUCAAGGACUUCAAGGAUCGCCAGAAGCUGGAUAAGGUCAUCGUGCUGUGGACCGCCAACACCGAGAGGUUCUGUGAGGUGAAGCCGGGAGUGCACGACACGUCGGACAAUAUCGAGAAAGCUCUGCGCAACAACGAGCCUGAAAUCUCACCAUCCACCAUCUUCGCACUCGCUGCCAUCGACGAAGGGUGUUGCUACAUCAACGGCUCCCCGCAAAACACACUAGUUGAUGGCGUCGUGGAACGCGCGGAGAAAAAUGGAGUGUUCGUGGCUGGAGACGACUUCAAGUCCGGACAGACCAAGCUCAAGUCCGUGCUCGUCGACUUCCUAGUGUCCGCCGGUCUAAAACCGGUAUCAAUCGUAAGCUACAACCACCUCGGCAACAACGACGGCAAGAACCUCUCCUCGGCCAAGCAGUUCCGCUCCAAAGAGAUCUCCAAGUCUAACGUGGUUGAUGACAUGGUGGAGAGCAACAGCAUGAUGUACAAACCGGGGGAGAAACCCGACCAUGUGGUGGUCAUCAAAUAUGUACCAUAUGUCGGCGAUUCAAAACGCGCGAUGGACGAGUACACCUCCGAGAUCCUCCUUCACGGCACCAACACCAUCGUGGUGCACAACACGUGCGAGGACUCGCUCCUGGCCGUGCCGCUUAUCCUGGACUUGGCGCUGCUGGCCGAGCUGUUCUCCAGGCUGUCUCUGCGCAGGCAGGGGACUGAAGAAUGGAGCGGUCUCCACUGCGUGCUGUCCUCCCUCUCGUACCUGCUGAAGGCGCCGGCGGUGCCGGCGGGCGCGCCGGUGGUGAACGCGCUGUUCAAGCAGCGCGCCGCGCUAGAGAACAUCCUGCGCGCCGCGCUCGGCCUGCCGCCGCUGCACCAGCUGCAGCUCGAGCACAAGGUCCCAUUCCUGAUGUCGGACCUCCGUAGCGGCCGCAUGUUCGCGGGCGGGGCGCCCCCUUCGAAAAAACAGAAAGUCGCCCACACGAAUGGCGAUAAGUAAAUAGAUAAAAAAAUCUUAUUACCCCUGUAAGCAAAUAGGCUUAAACAAUAUUUCUAUCGCCCCUAAAGUUAUGGACGAGUUGGACGACGAAGAACCUUUCGUCUGUCUAAGCACUGAUCAGUGCGCACGAAUUGAAAUCCUUUGUAUACAAUAGGUUUAAAUUCUUUCGCACUGAUCAGUGCUUAUACAUACGAAGGGUUAAGAGUCCGCAGUCAGCUCAGUUCUCCAUACAAACGUAGUUACGCUCUCAUUUUAAAACGACAAGUUAGAUUGCUUUGAAACUCUGUACUUACAAUAAGAUAAGGUAUAUCGAGUUCUGUAAUUUAGUUUAUGUAACUUCAGAUACCAUAGUUAAAAAAUAUAGCGAAUUUAAGUUUUUAAUACAAAACUUGUUACUGCUUUAUUUCGUUUGUUUUAUAAACUGGAGCUAUAUAAACUAAUCACAAGACUAGUUCAUAUAGCUAGUAGAUUGUAUGUGCAAAGUUUAAUUACAAUACAACACAUAAUUUUAAAAUGAGAACAAAACUCCGUUUUUAUGGGAAGGUGAAAUUCGGCCGAGUUUGCUGGGGACCCAUAACUAAUUUAUUUUAGGCUUUUUCUACAGUGUACCCAUUUAUAUUCAACUUUAGAGGGAGCUAUAAUACAUGCAAUAUAUAAUAAUAGGCCAUUUUUAGUCGUCCAUUUCCUGGGGUUUGAAUAGGUGAAAGCGUGACGGAUGCACGGCGUUCCAUGUCGAAAGAAAGAAAGAAAUAUUGUUUGAGUUUUAAAACUGCUUAGUUCAGAGCAAAGAGAAUUGAUUGUAAUAGACAGAAGUCUAAGAAAAAAGGUGCCCCUUAUUUUGACAUCCAAAACAGAUGGCGCUGUACUGCGCUAUAUGUUUUGCGGUCACAGAAUUGUCAAACGUCAUCUUUUGUCAAUCAGACAGCAAAAGGAAAACCGAGGAAAAGGUGGAUGGACUGUGUGAGAGAUGAUAUGAAACUAACGCAAGUGAAUGAUGAAAUGACGGGCGACACAGAGGUGUGGAAGAGAAAGAAAUGCUGCGCCGACCCCAAGUGAAUGGGACAAGGGCAAGAGAAUGAUGAUGAGACCGCAAAAUGUAUGGAGCUGUACAGCGCCAUCUCGUUUACCAGUCGAAUUCGAAGCACGAAAUUUUCUUAGAUUUUACGCAUCUUCAAUCGGUAUACAUUUGAUCAGAGUAAUUGUAAUCUGUAGAGCACAAAUAUAGCUUUGUGUCGGAUCACCUAAUUGUCUUAACAUAUCGCCGACUCGAUAUUACAAAUAUUACAAAGUUCUAUGUUACAUUUUCAAGAUGGUUGAAAUUCGACUUAAUGUCAGUAUAACAAUGUUCAAAUUUCAGUUCGAUAAAAGUGAAACAUAGAACCCUGUAAUAUUGGGCCAGCGAGAUCUAGAUUCAAACUGCCAGAUUUUUAAGAAUAACUAUUAUAAUCUUUUUUUAUUUUCAUUACAAUCCUGCAGGAAAUAGUCAUAGGGGUAAAUGUAAUGUGGUUUUACUGAUUUUUAUUCUAAAAUUCUGCUUUUCCUUAGUGAAUUAUAAAGUUUUGUGGAAAAGUUUUGUCUCUAAGUUAAUCUCGUUGUGUCCUAGAACUCACUAGUUAUUUUAAAUGUUGGUACUUACUCCACAGCUUAUUAGCGGCGAAUUAAAUUAUAUAAUGUUUAGAAUUGUUCUUGUUGUACUUUAUCUAUUUAUUUAUUUGAAGGUUGUGGUAAUUCUUCGAAACUAUACAGUUGUUGACAGGCGUGUAUUUGUUAUCAAUGUACUUUGAAGUUAUUGUAUUUAAUUCUCGCAACUGUAAAAAUUUAUUUAUUUGUUUUCACCUCUUUGUUUCUGAAUUUAUUUACACCUUUCAUUAAUAUAAACGACCAAAUCUCAUCAAUGUCUUGUGAAGAGCCUGUGUUGUGUCUUGAGAGAAUAUAGGUAAUGGUACUUUUGAUGAAUUUAUCUAAAUCGAGUGUCAAUAUUAUAGGUAGUUAUUUACGAUUUUGACGAGUAUAGUAAGUAAUCAAACUAAACGUUGUUAAUUAACUUCAAAAACAUAAUUUUUUAGUUUUUUUGUCUUUAGCUGUAUGACCGUGUCGGUUAUGUAUGUACAUGAACAUUCAUUUUCACAAGUUCAUCUCAGUAUCAUUCCAUGAUAAUUAUACUUUUUGCGUUUUUAAAGAUUGUAUAAGUGAGGCUUCUAUUGCAUUAGUUUUAUGAUUAUUGUGAAACGAAAUCUCUCUAUUGGUUAUUAUAAUUUAUUUGUACUCCAUUUUGGAUGCAUUAUUAUAGUACUUAAAAAUAGAAAAGACCAGUAUAUUACGCAUUUAUAGUCAAAGUAUUUCUUUUUCAACAUUAUUUUUAGUUAUUAGUAGUUCAAUUAUUAAUCUCAGUAUUUGGUAAGACUUACAGUAUUAUCAUCAAUUGCAAUAUUAUUUUUCAUUUUUAUAGCAGAGUGAUAUGAAAAUUAAGAACGAAUUAGUUGGUUGUAAAGGCUUCUACAGACCUUGCAACAAAUGACAUGCGAUUUCAGUUGAUUGCUGGCUAAUUGACAUGCGGUUAUCGGUGACAUUUGGAAAGACCUUAAAGGGCUUAGCAGACUUCUAGAAGUUUAUUCUAAUGAAAUUUAAUAAAUACUCGGGCUAAAUGAGAAAUAAUAUUUUAGUUUCCUACAUUUGUGAUGUCCAUGGCUGUUAAGUUAAUCAUGCGUAGUUUAACUGUGUUAAUACAUAUUUACACUAAUUUAGUAGCGCGUUUUUAAAAAUGCUGAAGAAUAUAGGUACCUACUUAUUGCUUUUUCUACUACUGGUAUUAGAUAAUACUAUCAUAGUAUUACCGCAGUCUAUACAGACGUUCGACGAGGAUCGAGGGGCGUUCACGCGCACCCGAGCUGCAUACAUCGCUGUCAGCGCAUUGUUAGUAGCUCGGUACACGUCAAAGGCCGUCGGACAACUGUUACUUUUUACACUGUGGUAUUACUAUGUGUUUUUGUAAGUGAGAUAUAGUUAGCGUCUAGCGUCUCGUCGCGGACCACUAUACCUUUUGUAAUGUUUUGGACACGUCACGUUAAUGUAUUUUUUUAGAUUAAAUAUGUUGUUUGUCGUAUUUGUUCACUAAAAUUCAUGGAACUCAUUUCAAAAUAUUGCACGUUUCACUUGCGUAUGAAAGUUCAUCAUAGCCAUACGUGUAUCAUCUUGUUGGAAAAUAUCUUGACGUCAAAAUUAACUUUCAGCGUUAACCUUUUCCAGGCCUCAACAAACUACAAGGAUUUCCCAAAAAUUUCAAAUAUAUAGUCAGACCGUAAAAAGUCUGCAGCGAUUUUGAUAGCCCACGCAGUUUAAGUGUCACUUUAAACGUCAAACUUCUAUGAAAUUAUGACGUAUAAAUAACACUCACGCUGCGUGGGCUAUCAAAUCCGCUGCAGACUUUUAUUGGUGCGACUUUAUUAAAAUUAAUGCAGCUUUGAUGAUUCUUUUAAUGACAAGUCACUUUUCCCGAAAGUCCAAUCGAAUAUGAACCUUAUAUCAAACUCCUAAAGAUGAAAUUGUAUUGGCGCGUAUGUGGUUGUUAGGUGCACUAUGCCUGGAAAAGGGGUAACUUAAGGAUGGCUCACUCUAGAACGGCUGGUGACGUGAAGGUUUUUUAUAAAACUGAAGUGUCGGACGCCUCGGCCCGGACCCGGUCCGUUUUAACGCGAGUAAUCCUUUAUAGUCAUAAGAGAAUUAAAGCCAAGGCUAGGCUUGAAAAUGUAUUUUAUAGAGGGUAACCACUCGUAUGCUUUAUGCAACUGUAGUUGCAAGCUGUCACCCUUAUUUUCACAUAGAGGUCACUGAAAAAUAUCAAUCAUGUGAGUGGAAUAAUAGAGCUUAUCCUUUAUCGACCUGUUCUGCGAUGUCUACGUGUUAUUAUUAUCAUAUAUAAUAAAUUUAUUUUGUGAUUGGA